CUAGACUCUGCUAGCUAGCCAGUUAGCUGUUGACUGUGAAGUGACUUACUUUAGAGUUCCAGGAAUCUAGCUAACGUUUGUUUAGUUUACUAAAUUGGCUAGCUAGCUACGCACAAUUUCAUCGAAAUAGGAAUUGCAUAGGCAUUUGCAAGCUAGCUACAUUAGCCAGCAUAAAAUGUCUGUAGUAGUGAAUUCUACACGAAGGUUACAGACCCUAACAUUUAAUCUAGGGCCUUUAUGCUACCACCGAGGUGUCACAGGAGCUUCAAUAAUUUCACAUGACCGAAAAUCCAAGCAAAACUUUAGCUGCUGUCGUUGGACUCAUCUGAUAACUUUAGUACAUCAAUACAGUACCCGAAUUACCAACUCUAAGGUAAGUGAUUAGCUACGCUAGGCUAGCUAAUGUAGUACAGCACACCGUACACAUGUGGACUGUGGUUGCAGUUUCUUGUUGAAUUGCCCAUGUUAAUUUUCCUAUCCUAGGUGCCCAGGGUAGCAACAUGGGAGCCUGUAUUGGAGAACCAGCUACCCCCAGUUAGUAUACUUUACUUUGUUAAUCAAGUGUUUUUUAUUAGCUUGUAAAUGAAGAAGCCAGAUCAAAUAGACCUAAAAUGGCAAUAUGUUACUGUCUCAUUGAUCAUUUCUAACAUCUAAUAAGCAUUUUCUUAUAGCCUAGCCAAGUCUCUGUAGACCUUGUUGACAAAUUGGAGCGACUAGCCUUGGUGGAUUUCCGCAACGAGGAGGGGCUGGCUUGUCUGGAGAAAGCCAUCCGAUUUGCAGAUCAGCUCCAUGUUGUUGACACAGAUGGGAUUGACCCAAUGGAUUCAGUUCUGGAGGAGAGGUUAGACUCAGGCCAGGCAGAUCCUGAAGCAACCCAUAGCCCUUCAGUGUUUGCAGAUCUGAAGGAUUUGGGUAGUGGUAAGCCAUUGGAAGUGUACAAUGGAAGGUUUGGUGUAGAGAUCACAUUUUGCUUACUGCCCUAGCCAAUUGCUCCAGAUCUACAAAUACUGAAGGGGCUAUGGGUAAUUUUUGGAGAGUGAACCAAUAGUUAUCUACCUAACCUUAAAGGUGACUUGUUUAGUCUCACAGAUGAUUGAAAACCCUCUCCUGUCUGUUCUGUAGGGCACUGUAUCUGAGGGAGGAUGCCGUGGCAGAGGGGGACUGUGCAGAGGAACUGCUCCAGCUCUCCAAAAACACAGUGGAGGAGUACUUUGUGGCACCGCCAGGUGAGUAACUUGGCUACUGUUUUAUCAUCAGCUCAGGAAUUGGAGUUCAUAUUAUUGUUCUGUCUGAAGAAGGCCGUACCCUAUUUUGUAUAUCAUGAAACUUAAAUCACUCUUUUCUCUGCAGGUAACAUUCCACUACCGAAGAGAGGAGAGAGUUGCGAUGUUGAAGCACUCAGAGUUCUGACUCAAUAUGUGCUCUGACUUUGCUGAUAGCUACUUUGAGGAAAAAUGUACUUACUAUGACUGAUGUGGUUAUCCCACCUAGCUAUUUUAAGAUGAAUGCACUAACUAAGGCGCUCUGGAUAAGAGCGUUUGCUA